AAACACACACCCUCUUUAUUUAGAUCCAAAUUUCUUCACUUUCACAAAUUAGUAACUCCAAAAUCCAACUUCUUGUGACCAUUUCACAUCUACCCAAAAAACACACAAUAAUUCCAAAUCAGUUUCACAAAUUAGUACUACUUAUUACUGUUACUAUAAACCCCAAUUUACACUAACACACUAAAAUCUUUCAAUUUCAAAUAUAUAUACAUAUACAUAGAUAUAGAUAUAUGCUAUUAUCAUUACUAUAUCACACAGAUCACAAAUAUAUCAUCAAAGUAGUAGUAGCGGUAAGUAAGUGAUGACAGCUGACAAGAAAUGGCUAUUCACAUUAUUUUUUGCAGCAUUUAUAUCUUUAGUAAUUUUUAUAUCAUCAUCAAUUUGUGGGUUAUCAUCAAACACAUUUACAUCAUCAAAUAAACCCUACUCGGCGGUUCACCGUGGCCGGGGAUACCCGCCGGCGUUCGCAUAUUACAUUUCCGGCACCCGGGGCGAUGUUGAAAGGGUUUUUCGGUUACUUUUAGCGGUUUAUCAUCCAAGAAAUAGGUAUUUAUUGCAUAUUGGGACUGAUGGGUCUGAUGAGGAAAGAAGAAAGUUGAGUGCUUUAGUGAAAUCGGUGCCCGCGAUUAGGGCUUUUGAGAAUGUUGAUGUUGUUGGGAAACCGGAUGCGAAUACGUAUAUGGGUUCGAGUAAUAUUGCUGCUGUUUUACGUGCUGCUGCGAUUUUUUUGAAAGUUGAUAGUGAUUGGGAUUGGUUUGUGACUCUUAGUGCCAUGGAUUAUCCUUUGCUUACCCAAGAUGACCUGUCUCAUGCAUUCUCUUCCAUUAGCAGAGAUGCCAAUUUCAUCGAUCAUACCAGUGACCUUGGAUGGAAAGAGGAUCAAAGAAUCUUGCCAAUCGUGGUUGAUCCAGGGCUUUACUUAGCAAGACGAACCCAAAUCUUCCGUGCCACCGAAAAACGGAAAAUGCCUGAUGCUUUCAGAGUUUUCACAGGAUCCCCGUGGGUCAUUUUGAGUCGGUCAUUCCUUGAGUACUGCAUUUUUGCAUGGGAUAAUCUCCCCCGGACACUCUUAAUGUAUGUUAAUAAUGUUGUUUUGGCUCAAGAAGUCUACUUCCAUACAGUCAUUUGCAACUCACCCGAGUUCAAAAACACAACCAUCAAUGCCGACCUAAGGUACAUGGUCUGGGAUAACCCACCUAAAAUGGAGCCUCUCUUCCUCAACAAGUCCAACUAUGAUGAAAUGGUUCAAAGCGGUGCUGCUUUUGCAAGACAAUUUGGGAAAAACGAUGCAGUGCUCGACAUGGUUGAUAGCAAAAUCUUGAAGCGCAGUGGCAACCGUCCGGCCCCAGGGGCAUGGUGCACCGCUAGAAGGAGCUGGUUCGUGGACCCAUGUUCACAAUGGGGUGAUGUAAAUGUUUUGAGACCAGGAAAUCAAGUAAAGAAGUUUGAGGAAUCUUUAAAGAAUAUAGUAGACGAUUCAAUAUUAGAAUCAAAUCAAUGCAAAUGAAAAAAGGUUUGAAGCUUGGGUGUGGUUUGAAGAUGCAUCGUAUGUUGUUUACAGAGAUUCUCUUCGUGGGCGGGUUCUUCUGAUGGUGUUUUGGGUUAUUACAAGUUUUGUUGUAAAGUUGUCAUGUUGAAAUCAAUGUAAAACAAUGAGGAAUCCUUCCAUUUUGUAAAACCUGUUUGCAAUGUUGUAAUGCUCUUCUAACUUUUUUAUGUGUCACUACUUGUAAUAUUAUUACAAACAUAAUUUAUUGAUUUGGGGUUCAAAA